AUGGCCGACCAUUCGCCCACCAAGUCGGAGCCCAUGGAGUCGCAUUCGGCGGCAAGGCGCGACAGCGCAGAGGAAACAUCUGUGCCCGCUACCUCUACCAAGGUCAAAGGCCCGCGCAAGCGAACCAAGACUGGCUGCUUGACGUGUCGAAAACGAAGGAUAAAAUGUGGAGAGGAAAAGCCGCGGUGCAACAACUGCAUCAAAUCCAAACGAGAGUGCGAAGGCUACGGCCAGCGCGUUGUCUUCAGAGACCCCGUUGGCCCAAUCCCCCACCUCGGCCCCAUCUCCGCCUCCCAAGGCCUCGCUGCCGCGGACCACGCCUACCUGAACCGCCAGUUCGUCCAGGCCUUCCAUCACGGAGAGCCUUCGGGCGCAAGGCCGUUUCUGCCUCUGGCACCCCGACCCUCCGGCUACGGCCCCAUCCCCGAUGGUUUCGUCCGGCAUGACUAUGCGCAACGUGUUGCGUCCCACCACCUCCAUCACCAUGAUAUGCCCUCGCAGCCGCUCCUCGAGGACGACCGGUUCUCGUGGAAUGCGGCCCAGUACAUGCAGUCCCAGCAUGGCCUCCAUGGUUUGCCUACGGAUUACCAAGAACAAAGCGCGGCCCAUUUACACCAAAGCUAUCCACCUGACAGCGCCUACAGCAGCCAUACAGGCUUGCAACACAUGGAUACUAGCUACCAGUCCCUCUACGACUCCCAGUUCACCUCUUUCCGUCAUGCGGACAUUUCUCCCUUAUCCGCAGGCGAUCCUGGACAAUAUACUCGUCAUUACGUUCCGCCUGACCUGGACGCUGGUGCGGGUGAGAACCAUGAAGCUCAAACCGCGCCGACAAUAAAACCGGAUGUUGAUCCUGGCGCUGAAAGCGACGAAUACUACGAUGUCGACACGGAUGAUGACUUGAUGGAGUCCGGGAUUCCCUCGGGCUUCGACAUGUACGGCCAUGCCGGGAAGAUGCUUCCUUACCAACUGAUGUCAACAGUUGGCCAAUUUCACACCUUUGAAAACUACGAAAACCUUCUUUCUACCUAUCGCCCGUCUCCUCUUGCCUCGCCUCUCCUCGACCCGGAGGUUCUUCAGAUCUUCCACCAUUUCAUGACCGUUGUAGGGCCUUCAGUAUCGAUCUUCGAACGACAUCCUUUCAUACCUUCAGCGUCAAUGUCCAGCGGGGCUGUACCUCCCGAGCAACAAAGCCUAUGGACCUACACGCUUCCCACCAUGGCACUCGAGCACCAGGGCCUGCUCCAGGCGAUGCUGGCAUUCAGCAGCCUCAACAUGGCCAGAAUGGCGGAUCAGCCUCCGACGGCGUCCUUUCGCCAUUACCACUACGCCCUGAGAAAGGUGGGCAAGGCCGUCGGUUUGCCCCACCGUCGGAAGCAGGUUCCAACGCUCGCUGCUACUUUGCUCCUGGGAUUUUUCGAAGUCAUGGCUGCCGAACACCAGAAGUGGAACAGCCAUCUGGCCGGAGCGACGCAUUUAAUCCGAGACAUGGAUUUUGCCCGGAUGACCCGUGAUAUUCGUGCGAUGAGAGCGAACGCCAGGGCGCAGCAUUGGUCGCAGAAUUCGCAGAGUCUGUGGACCGGAUCGGCGGCGCCUUUUCUGGGAAGCUAUUUCGAAAACGACAUCUUCGCCGCGUUCGAGUCCGAUAUCGACGUGGGGCUGGUCAGCGCGAUAACGGGGAGAGCUAUCAACUACGAUGAAUAUGGCGAGAUUGCUGCCGGUGGCCGAACGAAGCCGAAACGCGAGUUAACGCCAAAAGACGUGGAUGACUAUCGGGUUCGAUCCGAUCUCUAUUGGUGGUACUGCAAGCAGGAUACGUUUCAUAGUCUCAUUAGUGGGAACGGACUGCUGCUUUCGUAUGAUCGAUGGGCUAACUGCCCGCCAAGAGCUGGCGUUGGCCGUCUCGAUGCUGCGUAUGGCUCUAUGGACCAUUUAGUCCUCCUCCUCGCAAGAAUUGGCGCCUUCGCUUCCAAAGAUAGGAAGAGGAAGCUGAAAGCCGUAGAAGCCAACGGCGGAGAAUGGCGGCCUCCGCCAAACUUCUUCCCACCAGGAAUGGGAGGCCCCCCUGGGCCUCCAGGGGGUCCUCCCAGGGGCGCUCCCCCCGGCGUCCCGCAAACCCCAACUGGGCCACCAAAGAUGCCGCCCACAGCGAAGCGUGAUGCCAGCCCUCCCAUGUACGGAAUGGUUCCCCCUUCCGGCCCUAUUCGACUACCAUCGGCGUUUGGAAGCAACGUGUAUCCCACGCCGCCCUCCCCCAGCGGGUCUGACAGCAGCGACGACCUGGACUCGAUGAUGGCCGAAGCCGAAGCCGAAUGGCAAGAGAUCCUGCACGCAUGCGAGGAGUUCAAGAACGCUCUCGGAACACCGGGAUUCGUCCCGCUACCUCCCGACGGCGCGCCGCUCAUCUCCAGCCCCUUCGGACCAGCGAUCCAAUACCGCACCCACGUCGUCGCCUGCAUCUGGGCCUUCUACUACUCCGCGCGCAUCAUCCUCGAGCGCUCACACCCAGCCAUGCCGCCGGCCUCCAUGAUGGCCGCGGGCGUCGCGGCGCCGCGCACCGCGCAGUACGCACAGCUCAUCGGGCGGAUCGCCGCGGGCGUGCACCACACGCAGCAGCAACAGCUGGGGGUAGCGACGGCCAACCCGCACCCGACGACGGUGGGGGUGCUGAACGAGCUGAUGCUGCCGCUGUUCUUCGCGGGCGUGCAGUACGUGGACCCGCAGCAGCGCGCGUGGACGGUGGCCAAGCUGCGCGACAUCGCGCGCAUCACCGGCGGCACGUCGCCGACCUCCGUGGCCUCGGGCUGCGAGAAGGCCUGGGUCAAGGCCUUCGAGAUCGGCCGCGGCCCGCCGUACAAACGCACCGUCGUGCCCUACCAGGCCCAGAACCGCGAAGGCCCCGUCUCCAAGGCCCGGGAGUCCAUGCGGUUUGUUACCGUCUCCGAGGGCGCGCCCGUGACGUUCGCCCUGGGGUUGCUGUCGCUUGAUGAGAAUUUGGAGAAUGAGAAUUAA